UUUAUUAUUUCUGCCAUUAGCAGCAAGUACAUGGUCUGGUUUAUUCCAGCCUCCUUAUUCUAACCUUCCAGCAGAGUUUAUGGGCACCACUGCCAACCUAUACAACACAUAAAAGUCACAUCACCUGCCCCAUCUACUAAUAAUAAAGCACUACAAGAACCAGCCAUGAAUAUCUCCAUUCUUCUGGACCCUAGGCUAUCACCCAUGAUGCCUAUAUCACAAUGUAUAUGGAUCCACAGGUCCCUGGACCACUGGUAGCAGGUGCCACCUGAUGUUUUGAUGACAUCACGUCACCUGGACAACGGCUGUUGUUGUUGUUUACCCACAACUGUCAGUUGGACCGAGCGGACGGACGUCUACAGGAUCCCAAAGAUGGCGGCUACUGGAAGAAGAGGAGAUGUCGAGAAGGAGAGAGGAGAGAAGAGGGAAGAGGAGAGCGGAGGAAAGAGGAAGAGGGAAGAGGAAAGCGAGGAGGUGAAGGAGAGCGGAAAGAAGAGGAAGGAGGAAGAGGUGAGCGAGGAGGUGAAGAAGAGGAAGAGAGAAGAGGAAAGCGAGGAGGUGAAGGAGAGCAGAGAGAAGAGGAAGGAGGAAGAUGUGAGCGAGGAGGUGAAGAAGAGGAAGAGAGAAGAGGAAAGCGAGGAGGUGGAGAAGACAGGAGAGAAGAGGAAGGAGGAAGAGGUGAGCGAGGAGGUGAAGAAGAGGAAGAGAGAAGAGGAAAGCGAGGAUGUGGAGAAGAGGAGAGGAGAAGAUGCCAGAUUAUUGGAGGAUGAGGAGCCAAGACCAGGCACCAGCCAGGACCCCGGAACAUCAAGCUCCUACCCCAAAUUUAACAUCUAUCACCUAACUAUCCAUCAGGUAUUGGGUAGGGGCAGCUUUGGAGUGGUGGGCCUGGCAUCACUCCCCGGCCGAAACAACUACGUGGCCAUCAAGGGAAUCACCAAGACAGGGGACAAUGCAGCGACCCUGCAGAGAGAGAGACGGAUCCUCAUGCUGGCCCGAGACUGCCCGUUCCUGUGUCACCUGUAUGCUGCACAGCAGUCUCAGGACCAUGCAUUCUUCAUCACCGAGUACCUGUCCGGCGGCAGCCUGGAGGCUUUACUCAGAAUGUGCAGCUGUCUGAACACCGACAACGUAAGAUUCUACACAGCAGAGAUUGCAUGCGGCCUCCAGUUCCUUCACGGACAUAACAUCGUCCACCGAGAUAUCAAGCCAGAUAACAUCAUGCUGGAUCGAGAUGGACACAUCCGCAUUAUAGACCUCGGACUUGCCCAAGAUGGCGUCACCUCUUCCAACAAGAUCCAAGGAGUGACGGGCACGUUACCAUACAUGGCCCCAGAGGUGCUCCAGAGGAAGAUGUACUAUGCAGCAGUUGACUGGUGGAGCCUGGGGAUUGUUGUAUCCCGGAUGUCAGCAGGACGUUCCCCAUUUUACUUUGGCUGCAACAGAGAAAUGGCUCACGAUUCCAUCACCAGAGAGAAGCCUAAUAUUCCAUCUUGGCUCCCUGCUGACCUGAAACAUCUGAUCAAGAAACUGCUGCGUAAGAAUCCUGAGAAGCGGCUUGGUGUGAACAGGAACAUCAGAGACCAUCCAUUCUUCACCACCAUCAACUGGGAGGAACUGGAGCAGAAGAGAGCACAGCCGCCAUUUACACCAUUCAAGCCAGCUCUGAAGAAGGGAGACCUGCCGUGGCCAGAGGAAGAGACAGCCCUUCACCCCUUGGAAGGAUUCUCUUUCAUUGCUCCAAGCUGGGCCUGUUAACAUCAGCCCAUGGCCACGGCCCAGAGCUCUGUGCCCCCUGACCCAUGCCUCUGCUGCUGUAUUAGACCUCGGCUUGUCUAUAACAUCCUCUCUAUACCAUCUGAAUGCUGCAGAUUUCCAUCAAGUUGUUACCCUGGAUCUUAGCUCCACAUCCUCCACAGCCUCUGAAGACCCUCUGUACCCCAGGAGCGGCCUGUGCUUGUAACACCUCAGCACAGACCUGGUAAGUAUCACACAUCAUCAUAUAUACAUUAGGAUCCCACACACAUACAGGUAGAUAGAAAUAUACACACAGGUACAUACAUAGAUAGUAUAGACACAUACACACAGACACACACAACAGAUAGCGGUAGAUAUCGGCUUUGAUCCUGGGACUUGUUCCGAUCGCCAUAUUUGGGGUCAGGAAGGAAUUUUUCUCCUUUGAGGACAAUUGGCUCAUUCUUUAAGGGGGUUUUUGCCUUCCUUGGGAUCAUUCCAGCCAUAAAUAGGUAACAUAACAUAAUGUACAAAAAAUAAAUGAAUAAUAAUAAUAAUAAUAAAAAAAA